GAUACAUUUAUUUUAAAAUCAGAUUUAGAAAAACCAGGAAUUUAUUAUAUAGCAAGUCAUUGUUUUCGACAAGUUGUUUAAGCUUUUAUUAUAUUUAUUAAUUCUUUUUUGGUUUUUUAUAUGGUAAUGUUUAAUAUAAAAUGUUUUUAUUGAUUUCAUUUUAUAAUCUUUAUUAUUAUUUAAAAAAAAUUUAACAAAGAUACAUAUUAGCAUUGUUUUAAAUAUUAAUUAAAUUAUUUUAUUAAUAAUUAUAUUUCAUUAAUAAUUAUAUUUUAUUCAUAAUCUAAAUCUUAUUUUUAUAACCAACCAACGACACUUAAUAAAAAUCUAAUGGAUUUUUUAAAGGAUCUUGGAGAUGCUUUGGAUAUCCCUGGUUUUCCAUGGAAAAAGCUUAUUAUUUCAUUUAUUCUAGUCCAAUAUGUUUUUGAACAAUUUUUAACAUUAAGACAAUACAAAAAGCUUAAAGAGAAAAAGCCAUCAGCAGCUUUAGAAAAUAUUGUUGAUAUGGAAACAUAUAAUAAAAGUCAAGAAUAUGGUAGAGCGAAAGCAAAGUUUAGCCUUGUUGCGGAAUUGUAUGAACUUUUUCAGAAACUGCUUAUUAUGAAAUAUGAUAUUCUUCCUAAGCUUUAUAGUUUUGUUAAAUUACUAGUAGAUCGGUUUUUUUCAGAGAAGUUUUCUGGAGAAAUUUUUUAUUCUAUGUUAUUUUUCUUUAUCUUAAAUUUACAAUCUCUAUUUCUAAAUCUUCCAGUUUCUAUCUAUUCUAUAUUUGUUUUGGAAGAAAAAUUUGGAUUUAAUAAACAAACAUUUGGUCUUUUUAUUGCAGAUUUGGUUAAAACUCAAGUAUUAAUUGCAAUUAUUGGAGGUCCUGUUCUUUUUGUAUUUCUAAAAAUUGUUGCAUACUUUGGCCAAGCAUUUUUUUUUUAUUUAUGGCUUUUCGUAUUUAUAUUUCAAAUUGUACUGAUAAUAAUCUAUCCUACAUUAAUUCAACCUUUAUUUAAUAAGCUUGUUCCUUUACCUGAUGGAGAAUUGAAAUCAAAGGUUGAAGAAUUGGCAUCUAAUUUGAAAUUUCCUUUAAAGAAACUUUAUGUAAUUGAUGGAUCAAAAAGAUCUGCACAUAGUAAUGCAUAUUUUUUUGGUUUACCGUGGAAUAGACAUAUUGUCAUUUAUGAUACAUUAAUUGAAAAAUCAGAAACUGUUGAAAUUAUUGCAGUAUUAGCUCAUGAAUUAGGCCAUUGGGCAUUGUCUCAUGUAGCGAAAAUCUUAGUAAUUACUCAAAUUCAUAUAUUUUUUAUAUUUAUGCUUUUUUCCAUUUUUAUACAAAAUACUUCUCUUUAUCAAUCAUUUGGAUUUCAUUCAGAUAAGCCAAUCUUGAUAGGCUUCGUCUUAUAUAGUGAUAUUCUGACACCUGUAAAUGGUCUUUUAACAUUUUUUAUGAAUAUUUAUAGCAGGAAAAAUGAAUUUGAAGCAGAUGCAUUUGCUGCUAAACUUAAUUACAAAAAAGAACUUUCAAGUGCGCUUAUAAAGCUUCAUAUUCAAAAUUUAAGCACUAUGGAUGCUGACAAACUUUAUAGUAGUUAUCAUUACUCACAUCCAUUACUGGUUGAACGUUUACGUGCUCUUGGUUAUAAACAUGAAUCAAAGUCUGAGUAAAAUAAUUACAUUUAUUAAUAAAAUAUAAAAAUAAUUUAUCUAAUUUAAUAAAAAACCUUUAUUUUUAUCCAAA